AAGGUUGGCAAUAUGUGGUUUUGAUUACUUAACCUCUUCAUUUUUAAGGUUGAAUUCAUUUUUAAGGUUGAAUAUUAAAAAUAAUGCCUUUAAAAGGGAACCCAACUUGUUUAAAAUGUGAAACCAGCGAAUCGCCUUUGUGGACCAACGCAGAGAAUUUGGGUGCAAUUUGUCUAGACUGCAUCAACGAAACGAAAGAUUCCAUCAAGAAUGAACUCGAAGAGGAAGAGGAAAAAGACAACUUUCCAAAGUCGCGCAGAAGAACUCGAACAACGCGAUCCUACAAGACACGACUUAAUCCUCUGGCAUUGCCAAAAUCAACCACGCCGAAGGGUAGAGGACGACGAGGACAUUAUAAAAAGACCCCUGUAAAAGCUCCUAUAGCCACUUCAACACCUGUAACUAGCGACAGUGUAUUUUAUAAGGGAUCCUACUUGCAGGUGGGUGAUAUCGUAUCGAUGAUCGACCAAGAAGGUGACACUUACUAUGCACAAAUUCGAGGGUUUCUGACCGACCAGUAUUGCGAAAAAAGUGCGUGUGUCACUUGGUUGUUACCGACAAAGCAUAGCCCUCCUCCUGAAGAAGCGUUCGACCCAGCCACUUACAUUAUUGGUCCUGAAGAAGAUACUCCUCGUGUCUUAGAGUGUAUGGAGUUUAUUAUGCACGCUCCAUCUGACUAUUACCAUGCUAAAAAUACACCAUAUCCGCCUGUUCAUGCAACAGGAGAUACGGGUUUUAUAUGGACCCACAUGGAUCCCAUCCAGUUCAGCUAGUUAAUAUUGCUUUUUUAUAUCUAAAUAAAUUUAUAAAUUAU